UGACGUCACUUCCCUCUUGAGUUCUCCUAGGACGUGCGUAACCCGCGUCCCCCCCAUCAACUUUUUCUUCUCUGGGCCGUCCUUUGAAGUGAGCUUUUUCUCUUUUUACUUCACAGAGAAACGAAAGAAGUCGAACAUGUCGCCGCCUUCACGUCGGCUUCAGACGAAGCCGGUCAUUACCUGCCUGAAGACUUUCCUCAUCUCCUACAGUCUCAUUUUCUGGUUCACAGGCAUGAUCCUGCUGGCGGUGGGCGUGUGGGGGAAGGUCAACCUAGAGGCGUACAUCACACUAGCCUCCGAUGAGACCACAAACGCGCCGUACGUGCUCAUCGGCACCGGCGCCGCCAUCAUCAUAUUCGGCCUUUUUGGCUGCUUUGCCACAUGCCGGGGCAGCCCGUGGAUGCUCAAACUGUAUGCCAUGUUCUUAACUGUGGUCUUCCUGGCCGAGCUGGUAGCCGGAAUAUCAGGCUUCAUCUUCAGGCAUGAGAUAAAGGAAAAAUUAGGCACUGCAUACAAAAAUGCUGUGAAGUCCUACAACAGCACUGAGACAAGCAGAACCGCUGUGGAUGCCAUCCAAAGGACUUUGCAAUGCUGUGGCGUGAAAAACUACACGGACUGGGCAGAAACCGACUAUUUCAAAGACCAGGGCAUUCCUGCCAGUUGCUGCAAAGUUGACACCAACUGCUCUCCGGAGACCCUCAAGGACCUGGACAAGGCUGGCAACGAAGUGUACAACACUGGUUGCUUCUUACUGGUGACUAAUGUGAUGGAAUCCAACCUGGGCAUCAUUGCUGGGAUCUCCUUUGGAAUUGCCUUUUUCCAGCUCAUUGGGAUAUUCCUGGCCUGCUGCUUGUCUCGAUACAUAAACAACCAGUACGAGAUGGUGUAAAGACAGCCACUGCCUCAUGCAGGUGACUCAGUGUGCAUCUCCCAACCUAAACGACUGACGCUCCUGUGAUUUUUAAACUUU